AUGAGGUCAGCAUUUCAGGUCAAAUGGUAUUGGGAUCAGACUAAGCAAGAAUGCAAGGAGUUUCAUUAUGGUGGUUGUCUAGGGAAUCGAAAUAGAUUCCACACCAAGCAAGAAUGCAUGAAGCAAUGCAUUUACAAAAUGCAUAAUCCUGUUGCUAUACCAGGCAAGUUUGUUUUAUUGAAAAAUUAUACCAAGCUGUGUUUGCUGGACGCAAAUCCGGGAUUUUGCCACGAUGAUCGCAAGGGUCAUUGGUGGUAUUAUUUUGAUGCUGCUGAGGGCGAUUGCCGGAAAUUUUUUUACUACGGUUGUGGUGGCAAUGAUAAUCGUUUUUAUAGUCUUUAUCAGUGUCGAAAAGUUUGCGGUGAACGAUUGGCACCAAAAAUUGCUUGUGAUCGAUGCGAUAUUCGUACGUCAAUUUGUGUCGCGCAUUCUAAAUACAAUUACUCUUGUGAAUGCCGUGAAGGUUAUUCCAAGAAUGUAUUUGGUGAUUGCUUGGAUAUAGACGAAUGUCGUACUGUAGAUACAGUAUGUGAUAGAAAUGCGUGGUGUUUGAACACAAUUGGUUCAUAUAAAUGCAAGUGUAAAGUGGGAUACAGUGGCGAUGGCACUAAAUGUACAUACGUCGGCAUUGUAUUUUUUGAUUACAAAGUAAAUUUCUCUAAAAGUCAUAUUGCUCAGGCAGGGCAACAAAGGAUUGCAAGAAAUGUAGCCCACACGCAACUUGUUCACAAGGCGUGUGUGCGUGUAAAGUUGGAUUCAGAGGCGAUGGUUUCAACUGCACAGAUAAAUGUUGAUGAAUGCAUAUUAUUACCUAAAUUAUGCCAUCCAAAGGCCAAAUGCCAUAAUGUUGAAGGAAGUUAUAUUUGCCAGUGUCGAAAAGGUUAUGCUGGCAAUGGAUACAAUUGCACUACUAAUCCUUUGGCAUGUAUGGAUUCAUUUAAUCGUGAAUAUUAUGAACAAUGUGGUAAUGAAAAUUGGCGUGAGCAUUAUUAUUUUGAUCAUGAAAGUAAUCGCUGUCAGUCGUUUUGGUACGAUGGCUGUGCUGGUACAUCCAUGAAUAUAUUCUCGGAUUUGGAUACUUGCGAAGUACUUUGCGAAAUGACAAAUAUCAUCAGCAGAGCAGGUAUUUUACUGCUCUUAACUUUAAAUCCCUUGUAUGGAAUGUUUUUGGCUAACUUUCGUCUUUUUGUCACCAUCAUCAUUUGCAUAUUCCAUCAAGUCUAUAUGCUUAAUUCAGAGAUUUGCUGGGAUUUGUUCGAUACUGUCCAUUUAAAUCAGUGUCGCAAUGGCAACUGGGAACAACGUUUUUACUUCGAUCAAGCAUCGAUGGAGUGCAGAAUGUUUUGGUACGAUGGAUGUUCUGCUCAGUCGCGCAACAUUUUUAGUGAUUUGCAUGAAUGUCAGUGGAUGUGUGAGCAAGAAAUUAUCUAUAAAUCAAAUGCAUGCCUGGAAGCUUUCGAUGAGCAUUAUCAAGAUGAAUGCAAUGGUGGUCGCUGGAGGCAACAUUUCUAUUUUAAACGAUCUGAACGUAAAUGCAUUCCAUUUUGGUAUGAUGGAUGUAAAGGUAAAAGUCAGAACUUAUUUCAAGACGAAGCUUCUUGUAAGGAAAUGUGUCUAAGGCCUGCAACUCAUCACCGAUGGCAUCAUCGAGACAAAUACGAAAAAUUGCAGAGACUGCUCAAGGAAAUCAAACUUUCUAACGGAACAGAAUCAGAUGAAACAACAACAUCAGAAGCAAUGAAAUUUUCACAUCCUUCCAAAUCAAAAGAAAAAAAUUAUGAUUCCAAAACAAAAGUAGCAAAUACAUUUAACGAUACUUUAAAUACUGAUGGCAUGAUUUCAGAAUUUAAUACAUGUACAGUAAAUCCAUGUAAAAAUGGUGCUACAUGUAUUGCUAAAAUUGAUAAUCCUAAGACAUCUUAUGAAUGCUUCUGUGCUCUUGGAUUCGGUGGUAUUCAUUGCGAAUCAAGUUUGUUUGCUUUCAAAUAUACAUUUUCAACUGUUAUGAUCCAGUAUUCAAAUGUAAACACUGAUGUGCAUAAAUAUGAAAGACCAUGCGAUAUUAAUCCAUGUUUGAACAAUGGAACUUGCCGGACCACAAGCAGUUAUUCAGCAUUUUUUUGCGAUUGUCCAGCAAACUUUGAAGGAUUACUUUGUGAUAUAGGUAAUGCCCAAAAACUACCUUAUCAUGAAGUUAAUAAGGAAGGAAUUUCUACAGUUCUAUCAUAUCAAAAUAAUUCCUUUAAGAGAGAUCAAAAUGAAAAUGAAUGGGUAAAUCUAAACAAUUUCUUAGCCAUUGGUGGAACAAAAUCCCCAAAAUAUGGAAAAAAUGUGCAACUUUUGUCAAGUGGAAAAGCCGAAUGGAUUGAACAGUUAAAAAAAGCGAAAGCUAAAGAACUGCAAUCAAAAGCAAAUAGGAAUGAAAGUCAAAAAAUAGGUCAACUUCGAAAAACUAUGAGUUUCUUACUGACUUUGUAA